GUUUUUGGUUUGAUUUGAUUUGUUGUUGCUGUCGUUACUGUCAUAAACUAGGUAUUUGACUUGUCAACAGAUAUUUAGAAGAAUAGGUUAUUCUUAUUGUUUCUUAUUUCUCUCACUUUCUGUGUUUAUUUCUGUGUAAAUAGUCCUACAAAGUACACCCAUCAACCAUGGAUAAAAAUAAGGAAAAGGAAGAACAAAGCAUCAUGGAUAAAUCCAUGCGAUCUGUUUUCGUUGGUAACAUACCUUACGAAGCUACAGAGGAGAAGCUGAAAGAUAUAUUUAGUGAAGUCGGUCCUGUGCUUUCAUUCAAGUUAGUAUUUGAUAGAGAAACCGGUAAACCAAAAGGAUACGGAUUUUGUGAAUAUAAGGAUCAGGAAACUGCACUCAGUGCUAUGCGAAAUCUUAACGGGUAUGAGAUUGGUGGGCGAUCUCUUCGUGUUGACAAUGCUUGUACUGAAAAGUCUAGGAUGGAAAUGCAAGCAUUGAUGCAAGGGCCUCAAGUUGAAAAUCCCUAUGGAGAACCUUGUGAACCUGAGAAAGCUCCGGAAGCUAUCAGCAAAGCCGUGGCCACUCUUCCGCCUGAACAAAUGUUUGAACUUAUGAAGCAAAUGAAGCUUUGUAUUCAGAAUAAUCCCAGUGAAGCGAGAAACAUGAUGUUACAAAAUCCACAGUUGGCCUAUGCAUUGCUGCAAGCUCAAGUUAUCAUGAGGAUUGUUGAUCCAGCUACCGCAGUUAGCAUGUUACACCCAAGCAACCCAGUGCCGCCACCACUUCAGCCAGGCGACAAACCACCUUCAAACCACUACAUGCAAAACAAUCCACCACAGAACCAACAACAACCACCGCAAAUGCCGCCGAUGCUCGCGGCGCCUGUGCCUCCACCAGUUCAGUAUGCGCCUCGUCCAGCGAUGGGUGACGUGGACCUACGCGGUCGUGGGCCAAGUGGUCCGCCUCCGCUACUGGACCAGGACAUGCGCAGCCUGCCUCCAGUGCCCGCUCCGCACCCUGUGCCUCCACCUCAACAUCAUGGACAGGAUACUGGCUUCCCUCGAGACCCGCGGUUAGCGAGCAUGCAGACUCAAUCCUUCAACUCGGACCCGCGCGUACGAUCCAACGACCCGCGCACUCAACAGAAGAUUCAACAACAACAAAUGCCCCCGGGAAUGCCGAGCGCUGCGCAGGCUAGAACUAUACAGGGAAUACCUUCUGGUGCUUCCGAUCAAGAAAAGGCUGCUCUCAUCAUGCAAGUGUUGCAACUUUCCGACGAGCAAAUUGCGUUGCUGCCGCCUGAGCAGCGCGCCACUACGAUAUCAAUCUUGCCGGCCAUCGAAGGAUUUCCUUUCUCCAACGUCAAGUCUAUAGUGGAUGGGUCCCUUGCUAACUCGACAGGAGUGCCAUACUUCUACAUGUCACCAUUGGACUUCAGUGCUCGCGAUUUAUCGAAAAACAGCCGUGCUACCGUCCUCGUGUCCCUGGAAGAGACGAGGUACUGCGAAAAUAAGAAAAUUGACCCUGAAGACCCAAGGUGCACCAGGUUGAUGCUGUCUGGAAAGAUGAAGAAGGCAGCGUUGUUUGAAAGACAUCCGGCUAUGGCUGACUUCCCCCCGGAUCACAACUGGUUUGUAGCUAAGUUGAAGAUCGCUCAAAUCGCAAUGAUUGAUUGGUUCGGAGGUGCCAAGUACAUACCAGUCCGCGACUACCUAGCAUACAACUACACUGGUACAGAAAUGCUACGGUUCCGCAACAAAGGAUUACAGAAAUAAAUAAUUAAAUUAAACACGCUUUAGACACGACUUUGAGUCUUAUGUCGAUCAAGAUAAGAUUCGAUGUUGAAUGCAAACCUCUUAAAUUAGACCAACAAUGUAUUUUUUUUUAAAACGUUUUAAAAGUGUGUAAGUUUUACACACGAGACAAACUUUAACAUUACAUUUGCUUCAGUGAUGGUGUGUAAAGCGCUUUGUUUUCCUUUAGAGACGCCUAAUAGAGAUAGGAUCACAUAGAAAUCCCUAAAAUAGACUUGUUAAAAGUAUGUAUGUGUAAGUAACAAUAAAAUAGUAAUGUAAACCUGUGAUAUAAGCGAACAAAACAAUACUAUUUUUAUAAUAACGUACACUUAGCA